CGGACGUGGCGGCGGCGUACGGCCCGGAAGGCAGAGACGUUGGCGGCGGUGGCGGCAGAGGCCAGGGGCGGCCAAAAAGGCAGGGUUGGUCAUGAAUUUGCCCGGGACGGGAGCCGCGGCGGCGGACCUGACAGCGGGCUUUUCGUUGCGUCCCCGCUGCUAACAGAACAGAUUUUGACAUGGCAGGGAGACAUCAGAAUCGUACUUUUCCUCUUCCGGGAGUUCAUUCAAGUGGUCAAAUACAUGUGUUUGGCAAUUGUACAGACAGUGACGUGUUGGAAGAGGAUGCUGAAGUGUAUGAGCUUCGAUCCAGAGGAAAAGAGAAAAUACGAAGAAGUACAUCAAGAGAUAGACUUGAUGACAUUAUAGUAUUAACAAAAGAUAUACAGGAAGGAGAUACUUUAAAUGCAAUAGCCCUUCAGUACUGUUGUACGGUAGCAGAUAUCAAGAGGGUUAAUAAUCUCAUCAGCGAUCAAGAUUUUUUUGCCCUUAGGUCUAUCAAAAUUCCAGUUAAAAAGUUUAGUUCGUUGACUGAAACACUUUAUCCUCCAAAAGGAAGACAGGCUUCACGUCCAUCAUCUGUUCAGUUUGUUCCAGAACAACAGGAAAUUUUGCCAUCUAAUGAUUCUCUUUCUUCCAGUGAGUCUGCUGGUAGCUUUUUAAAAGAGGUAGACCGAGAUAUAGAACAAAUAGUAAAAUGUACCGACACCAAAAGAGAGAACCUUAAUGAGGUGGUAUCUGCUUUAACAGCACAACAAAUACGUUUUGAACCUGAUAACAAAAAUAUUCAACGUAAGGAUCCUUAUUAUGGAGCAGACUGGGGAAUAGGGUGGUGGACAGCUGUAGUGAUAAUGUUGAUAGUAGGUAUAAUAACACCAGUGUUUUAUUUGCUGUAUUAUGAAAUUUUAGCUAAAGUGGAUGUUAGUCAUCAUUCAACAGUGGAUUCUUCCUCACAUUUGCAUUCAGGAGUCACACCCCCGUCACAACAGAGAGAAAUGGAAAAUGGAAUUGGUCCAACUAAAGGAAUAGCCUUUGGCCAACAUGAUCAUAAACUCUAUAGUCAAGAUUCUCAGUCACCUGCUGCUCAGCACAAAACAUAGCAGUUAGCUCAUAUUUACAAUGUUAGUGAUCACGUGUAUCUGGAGUGUGGUGAAUCAAUUAUAUUCAGUAACCACUUUAAAGGCAGAAGUUGAGAUUGAAGAUGCUUUUAUUUUCACCCUUUUUUUGGAGCCAUUUACAAAUAAAUUGAGAAUAAAAUUUCUACAGUUGCUAGUUGUUGAUACUGAGAAUUAUAAAUCCAAAUAUCUUGUAUCAAUGCUUAAAGCAGAAAUGAAUUUAAAUAUGGGUCUAGGAAGUUCUUAACUUGGAAAAUGUAUCAUUUUUCAUAUUUAAGACUGGUUCUGUUUAAGUUUUAUUUUUCAGGUAAUUAUUUUUUGGCUUGAGGUUAUUAAUGUCAAAUAUAUUAGGCAAAAUAAUUUUUAUAAGCCCCCCCAAAUAAUGUGUUAUGGUUGGGAAGUUGCUGUUUGGUCACUAGAACACUGGAUUAGGUCAAGAGCUAAAAGUAAUCUUUGUCUCUUAAAGCUUGCUGCCUCUGCUUCUGUUUUUUAAGUGAUUAUAUUUGCUUCUGUUAUUUGAAAGCACUUUUGUAAUUCUUUAAUGAAAAGUGUUAUACAGAUUUGCAUUAUUUAGGAAAUAAACCCUCACAUACUGUGAUAAGUUGUUGCUGUGUUACGUGUAGUAACAUGCCUUAAUUACAUUUAAUGCCUUAUAAUACUUUAAGCUAAUUUAAUUUUUAGAAUUAAAAUUAAGUAUUAUUUCAGAAGGUCCAGUAGGAUUCAUAACAUAGGCUUUAUAAAUUCGUCUCCACCUUCACUAUCAAGCACAACUUCAUGGGGUUAAAACAAAUUUUCACUGUCUUCCUCUGAAGUAUGUUGUAGAAAGUGGUUCAUUAAUCAAAAGCAAAGAUGAAAGAGAACUUUUUUACAUUAGGAGUAACAGACAAAUUAUUUAUUGAUCCUUUAACCUAUGCUUUUCAAAGAGAAAAUGUUCAACUUGAACCGUUUCCCCUCUGAACUGUAGCAUCAAAUUGGGCAACCAGAGGCCAAAGGUGUGUGGAUCACUUGAAAGGGCUUGAUAGUGCUAUUUCUUAAGAUUUGCUGUGGAUCAGACACAGUCUGGCUAAAUAAGCAUCAUUUGCAUACUGAUUUCCAUCAUUUAAUUUCUUAAAGUAUGUGUUGAAAAAUGUAACAAAAUGAUUCAUUAGAAGUAAGACUUGGUGGAGUCUGUUUUGUUUGUUUCGUGUAUAAUAAAGUAUGUACCUUUAGGUAUAUAAUACCACUUCA